AUGGCGUUGAUACUGUCGACUCAUGUGGCGACGGGACAGAUCCGUUACUCUAUCCCUGAGGAAAUGACUGUAGGAUCCUUUGUUGGAAACAUUGGCACGGACCUUGGGCUUGAACCGAAAAGACUGGUUUCGGGAAAAGCACGCGUUUUCACUGCUGGCGGCAGCGAGUAUAUUGGACUGGACAGUGAGAAGGGGCAUUUAAUCGUGAAAGAAAGAAUAGAUCGUGAACAGUUAUGUGGGGAUCUAUCGGCUUGCAGUAUCAGCUUUAAUGUGAUAUUAGAAAACCCGAUGGAGCUUUUUCCACUGAACAUUUUCAUCCAAGACCAGAACGACAAUGCACCUCAGAUUCUAUACCCUGUGCAGACAAGCAGCUCAGUGGUAGCUGAAAUGGUGCCUCGUUCAGCAGAUGUUGGCUACCUUGUCACUAAAGUUGUGGCUGUUGAUGUGGACUCUGGACAGAAUGCCUGGCUCUCCUAUAAACUACAGAAAGCCACAGACAGGGCUCUGUUUGAAGUUGGAGCACAGAAUGGAGAAAUCAGAACAGUGCGUCAGGUCACUGAUAAAGAUGCUGUGAAACACAGACUCACUGUUGUGGUGGAAGAUAAUGGACAACCCUCUCGUUCAGCUACAGUCAUUGUCAAUGUUGCCGUGGCCGACAGUUUCCCUGAGGUCAUCUCAGAGUUCACCAACUUUAACCAUGACACAACAUACAGUGACAACCUGACUUUUUAUUUGAUUUUGGCUCUGGCUGUGGUUUCAGUACUCUUCAUUUUCUCACUAAUUGCCAUCAUUUCAGUCAAAAUCUACAGAUGGAGGCAGAACAGGUUAUUUUAUAAAUCUGCACCAAAUCUACCAGUGAUUCCAUAUUACCCACCAGUCUAUGCCGAUGGUACUUUACAGCGCGUGUAUAAUUAUGAGAUGUGUGGAACAACUGAUUCCAGGAUGAGUGACAUCAAGUUUGUCAGGCCUUACAGUCAGAACACACUGGUGAAUAUGAGUCGUGCAGGAACUGUACAGAGAAAAAAGAAAGAACAGGAGGAGGAGGAUGAUCUGUCCUUAGAGGUAUCUCUCUUGUGCAGUCACCGUUUAGAUGUCAAAUAG